AGAAAACGACGACGAAUAUAUAUAAUGGUGGAAAUUGAGAGCUGGGGGACAUAGCUAGAGUGGCAAAAAAAAGUUGAUUCUGGGAACUUGAACCAAGAACAAUCUGCUCAAGGCUCGGUCAUGAAAUCCAUCAAACUCCCACCUGUGCUUUGAUUCUCUUAAAGUUGAUUUCUCAUCGAGUUAGUUUAAGGUUUAGCUUUCGGAAGCUUCAGUUUCUCACACACACCAUUCUCCAAGUCUCAACUCCCCACCACACCACCUUUGCGUUAAUAUUUUGCGCUGAAAAGAGGCUCGAUCCCAAUGAAGCUGUUCAGCUGGAUGCAGAAUAAGAUUAAUGGCAAACAAGGGAACUGCAGAAAACCAAACACAGUGCUUUCAGCUACUCAGCAUGUGAAGCAAGAGUCCCGAGAGGAAUUUAGCGAUUGGCCUCAUGGCCUACUUGCAAUUGGAACCUUCGGUAACAACGAGCUUCGAGACAAUAAUGAAAUCCAAGAUGUUGAAGAGGACCCGUCUCCGUCCGAUGAUUUACAAGAUUUCACACCUGAGGAAAUCGGGAAAUUGCAAAAGGAGUUGACAGAGCUUUUAACAAGAAAGCCAUCUUCUCAGGAUAAGGAAAAGGAAAUUGCAAACCUUCCAUUGGAUAGAUUUCUUAAUUGCCCGUCAAGCUUGGAGGUCGAUAGAAGAAUCAGUAAUACAGUGAUUAGCGAUGUGGAUAACCAUGAGGAUGAUAUUGAGAGGACAAUCAGUGUCAUACUUGGCAGAUGCAAAGACAUCUGUGAAAACAAUAAUAAGAAGAAAGCUAUUGGGAAGAGAUCGAUCUCUUUCCUUCUCAAGAAGAUAUUUGUUUGUACAAGUGGGUUUGCUCCACAGCCAAGUUUGAGAGACACUCUUCAUGAAUCAAGAAUGGAGAAGCUUUUGAGAACAUUGCUUCACAAGAAGAUUAACCCACAGAGUACUUCCCGGGCAUCAUCAAUGAAGAAAUAUAUUGAGGACAGAAGUACUCCGAAGAAGCACAAGGAAGAUGAUGAAAAACGGGACAAGACCAGUAAUGGAUCUAAAUGGGUCAAGACAGAUUCAGAAUAUAUUGUGCUAGAGAUUUAAAUCUUCAUGCCAUUAAAGGAUUCGUAUUGCAAGAUUCAAAUGUGGAUUGAAGCUGGUGAGAUACUUGGAAUUAUGGACUAAAGAGAUGAAAUUUCAAGACCAUAAAAGCCAUCAAUAAUGUCACAGCUACAUCGAGGGUGGAUUCAUGAGGACAAGGAGAGCAUUUUUUGAUCAAGAAUGUCACUAGCUAUCAUCUAGUUUACGGUUCUUCCCCGGCCCUUUUUUUCUUCUUCUUUUUUCCAUGUUUGAAUCUGUGAAUUCAGGGCAACACAUGUUAACAGGAUACAUAGAGCUAGACAUUCCCUACAUUUUUCAGUCCUCUUUCACCACGCCCUUUUCUCUUAGCUAUGUUUUCUCUUUGUAAUAUACAUAUAAUCUUGACGUUAAUAAUAUAAAACUGACAGAACCCUGUUUUCAA